UCCAAGGAGGCAGCUCAACCCAAGAUUCUGGCAUUGCAGCGCAAAGGGGAGCGCAUACAAGCCAGGGGUCACUGCUUAAGGAGGUGCUGAAGAACUUCACCAUUGAGAAGUUCUCUGGAGAUGGCUAUGAUGAUUGGGCAUGGAAGAUGCAGCUCUACUUUCGACA